AUGGAGAGUGUUUUGGAAUCGGUCAUUGUCCCAUGCCGAAACGCUGAACAUGGCUGCAAGGAGAAGUUCUCUUAUGGCAAAGAAUUAGUCCAUGAGAAGGAGUGCUGUGUUUAUAUGUGCUAUUGCCCUGCACCAGAUUGCAACUACAAGGGCAUGCACAAGAAUCUCUACUGUCAUUACUAUGCUAAACACGAGGCUAAUUGCUCAAGGUUCACGUGUGGCCAGUACGAUGCCGCAUGGUUACGCAUCAGUAAGAAGAUAUUAGUCCUUCAGGAAUAUGAAGAUGGUCCAUUGGUUGUUGUUCAUUGCUUCAAGGCGGCACAUGGUGUGUAUGUGACUGUCAACUGUAUAUAUUAG